ACAGUAUAUCAAAGGGACAUCUGCACUCACGUUUAUUGCGGCACCAUUCACAAUAACCAAGAUGUGAUAUUAGUCCGAGUCUCCAUCAAUGGAUGAAUGAAUUUUAAAUGUGGUACAUCUACACAAUGGAAAAAUAUUCAGCCAUGUACAAGAAGGAAAUCCUGUGAUUUGCCACAAAACGAAGGAACCUGAAGGACAUCGUGUUAAGUGAAAGAAGCCAGACACAGGAAGACAAAUACCGCUUGACAGCAUUCACAUGAGGAAUAAAAAAAAAUUGAUCUCAUAGAAUUAGAGAACAGAAUAGUGACUACCAGAAGCUGGGACAGUUGUGGAAGGAGGGUGGGGAGAUGUGUCUCAAAGGACACUAAAUUGAAGUUAGAAAGAAUACAUUCAUGAGAUUGAGUACAACAUGGAUACUUUAUACUUAAUGACCACAUAUUGUAUUAUCAAAACAUACUAAGGGAUGUUAAGUGUUCUCACUAAUGACAACAAUGUGAGGUAAAACAUAGAUGAAUUAGCUGAAUUUAACAUUCCACAAUGUAGCUAGACCUCAGAACAUUCUUUUAGAGAUGAUAAAUACAUACCAAUUUGCCCAUCAAUUAAAAAAAUUAUUAAAUACAUUUUAAAAAAUUAAAAUAAUUUUUAUAAGGUGCUAAUCUCAGGGCAGCUUGCAUAAAAAGAUCCAAAUACAUCUCUUACAGCAACCAAAUGUUUUAUGAACGAAUAAUGAUAUGACAGCUCUUGACCUGUUUUAAACAUAUGCAAUUUCUCAUUGUUUUGGUAAAAACAUCAUAAAGCCCAAGAAUGUAGUACCUACGGUUUUCUAUCAGAACAUAGCUCACCCCUUGUUGAAGAGGAGAAUAUCAAUUUUCUGGAGGUAUCAAGGUCUGGGUUCACAUCACACGUCAGAUUCUUGGAGACCCAAGAGACCUACUCAAGACAAGUUCCUCAGUUUAGGCUUUGGAAAAAAACUUUCCUCUAGGGUUUGAGUUAAAGUGUUAGGAGGUUAGGUCUCCAGAAGUCAAGCAAGUCCAUGGAGAAGGAGUAAUGAAGGCUGCAUUAACCUCAGAUUCAAUAUGGUGUCUUGGGAACAGAGCAUGCAGAAAAAAAUUUCUUUCAGUGCAGGGGAAAAUCCCAUAGGAAAAUGAUGUUAUCAGGUUGGAAUAACAAGAGGAAAUGUGCCUAAUGAGCAGAUUUACAAAGCUGUAAAUUUCCCCUCUGCUGCUGUUCCUCAGAAUAUGCAAUGUUGGGCUCAAUGAGACAUGGUUGUUUCCUUUGGAGUCCUUGAUCUGGCUCAGCUACCGAUGCUUUCCUGUCUCCUACUGUCUCAGGACAGAGCUUCAGUCUCCAUCAUCUACCAUCCGGGGAGGUAGUCACACAUCCACGUGGAUGCCUUCCUCUCAGAAGACCCAACGAGAAACGUCAACCAGAUGAAAGCAGGGAAUGAUACACAAAUUUCAGAAUUCCUUCUUCUGGGACUUUCACAGCAACCAGAAGUGCAGCCCUUCCUCUUCGGGCUGUUCCUGUCCAUGUACCUGGUCACUGUGCUCGGGAACCUGCUCAUCAUCCUGGCCACAAUCUCAGACUCCCACCUCCACACCCCCAUGUACUUGUUUCUCUCCAACCUGUCCUUUGCUGACAUCUGUUUCACAUCCACGACCGUCCCAAAGAUGCUGGUGGAUAUCCAAACACAAAGCAAAAUGAUCACUUUUGCAGGGUGCCUCACCCAGAUUUUUUUUUUCGUUGCAUUUGGAUGCCUGGACAAUUUGCUCUUGACCGUGAUGGCCUAUGACCGGUUCGUGGCCAUCUGUCACCCCCUGCACUACGCGGUCAUCAUGAACCCCCGGCUCUGUAGACUGCUAGUUCUGGGGUCCUGGUGCAUCAGUGUCAUGGUUUCUCUGCUCGAGACCUUGACCAUUUUGAGGCUGUCCUUCUGCACAAACAUGGAAAUCCCACACUUUUUUUGUGAUGUUCUCGAAGUCCUGAAGCUCGCCUGUUCUGAAACCCUCGUCAAUAAAAUCGUGAUGUAUUUUGUGACAAUUGCAAUGGGUGUUUUUCCUCUCUCUGGAAUCCUAUACUCUUAUUCUCAGAUUUUCUCCUCCAUCCUGAGAGUAUCACCUGCCCAAGGCCAGCACAAAGCCUUUUCCACCUGUGGGUCUCACCUCUCAGUGGUCACCCUGUUCUAUGGCACGGGCCUUGGGGUAUAUCUCAGUUCUGCAGCUACACCAUCUUCUAGGACAAGUCUGAUGGCCUCGGUGAUGUACACCAUGGUCACCCCCAUGCUGAACCCCUUCAUCUACAGCCUGAGGAACAGGGACAUAAAGGGGUCCCUGGGCAGACUUCUUCUCAGGGCAACAUCUCUCAAUAAGGGGACCACUGCCAAGCUCUCAUGAAUAGUGGUGAACACAAUACUGAGGCCAGACUGGCCUCCUUCGGCCAAUAUUUUGACUUCUGCUUUUAUGCAUUUGGAGUGGGGCAGGGAAGGCAUCUCACUCUGUCUCCCAGGCUGCAGUGCAGUGGCACGAUCUCAACUCACUGCAACCUCCGUCUCCCAGGUUCAAGUGAUUCUUCUGCCUCAGCCUCCUGAGUAGCUGGGAUUACAGGCAUGAGCCACCAGGCCCCACUGAUUUUUGUAUUUUUAGUAAACAUGGGGUUUCGUCAUGUUGGCCCGGCUGGUCUCGAACUCCUGACUUCAGGUAAUCUGCCUGCCUUGGUCUCCCAACAUGCUGGGAUUACAGGCAGUAAGCCACUGCACCUGGCCUUCUUUUAUACAUUUUAAAGCAUUUUUUCCUUUGGAAACUUUCCUGCCCUUGCUACUGCUAAUAAAGUUAUAUAGGAUCACC